AUGGAUGAACGAACGAUGUCGCCAAAUAUUAACAAAUGGAUAAAGAAGUGUAUAAGAAAGGAAUUUGACAAUGUAAUUAAGGAUAAUUUAGAGGAAAAUCAAGAUUCUUCAGAAAUUGCUCAUAGAAUUAUACAUUCUAAAGAAAUGCAAGUUUUAAUGAAUUCUAUGAAAAUGGCAAUUAUUGAACACAAUUCAGAUUCAAAAUCUGAUAAUAUUGCAACAAUGGAAUCUCAUCCUCGGUCAUCUGCCUCUUUUGUGAGUGAUUUAACUGUAGAAGAAUGGAAUUCUCCAAAAAACAUUGAAGAUCAAUACAAUUAUAUUAUAGAUAAAAUAAGUUCUGAUAAACCUGUACAUGUAAGAUUAGCAGGCUAUGAGAUAUUAUUAAAAAGUGAUUUGACAAAUAUAACAACUAUCUCGCAGUGGGAUAUCCUUCAAAAUACUUUAAAAGAUGGUCUCAUGGGUGAAAAUCGAGCUAUAUUUGAAGUUAGCUUACAAGUCUAUGCCAGGUUAUUAAGUUGUCCAAAGGCAUAUGAUGCGUAUACCAAUGUAUUGAGUGCUUUUAAUGCUCAGUAUCAUACACAAAAAGUACACGAGGUGUUACCUUCAUUAAUAUCUGGAAUUAAUUUUAAAUUUUUUUUACAUGAAAAAAUAAUUCGCAUUAUGUACUUGAUAAUACAUUAUCAAGAAGAAUUGUUAAAGAGUAUAAGAAAUAUUGACAAAACUACAGAAGAAAUAAUAGAACAAUUCAUAAUAUUUUUAAGUAUUCAUAUGUUUGGUAAUUCAAUGCAAAUCAAAACAUUGUCUACAUUAAAUAUUGUUGCUGCAUUGGAUCCACAGGCUGACUGGAGUAAAAGAUGGACUCACAGUUUUGCUACUAGAAAAACAUUUAUUUCUAUAUUAUCUAAAUCACCAAGUUUAGUUCAAUAUGCAAUACAAUGCAUUGAGAAAGGCUUGAAGAAAUCACCUAUAUACACAUCUAUUUCUAUUUGCGAUGAACCCAUAGAAGCAUGUAUUUCUGGAGAGACAAUAGAAAUAAUUACUUAUCUUCACUGUUUAAACUUUAUAUCACAGUUAUGUAGUUAUGAAGCAGGUCGCAAAUUACUUUCAGAGAUUUCAUUAGACAUUCCAUUUUCUAUAACUAAAUUUUUAAUUACAUUAAUAAAUACACUGAAUGAAUUAUCAUCCUCUGAGAUAACAAAUGGUAUUUACAAUAUUAUGUGUCAGGCAUUGCAAAAUGUAUUAAAUAGACCUAUAAUUUCGUAUGAUACCGAUUUUUAUGAUGCCGCAUUAUAUUCUUUAAAUAAUACUUCUGAAAAUGAUUUAAGAAUUUGGCCUCAUAUACUAUAUGUAAUAAUGCAUAUGUUGGAUACUGUGGACGGUUCAGAAGUACUAAUAAAAUCUCAAGAAUCAAAACCAAAUUGUACAGCAAUGAUUAUUAUACAGCACAUAUCUAAUGUUUUGAAACAGCCCUUCUCUAUUAUGAAUACUGAAUAUAUCUGUAACUUAUCUAAAGUUAUAACGAAAUUAUUUAAUAUAUUUAAUGUUUAUGAAAUUGUACAAGAUGUGAUGCAAAAUCAAUUUUAUCCUGCUGUGUCAUACUUUUACAGUAAACUAGAUAAAUAUUUCAUUGAAAAUGGAAAUAAAGCUCAAUAUUUAGACAAUAUAAUUAAAAAAAUGAUACUUAAAAUUGUAUCAAUACCAUUUGGUUUACAAGAUUUAACACGCGAAUCUUUAGUAUUUCAUGAAUUAAUACGUGGAUCUAUUGCACCAUUAAGAAAUUCGUGGACAUCCACAGAAGUUGUGAGCUUCAUAUCAUCUGCUGGAUAUUUUAAGUUAGGACGUGAAGUUCUCGAAGAUUUAGCUCCACAUAUUUUAUCUACAUUGUUAAUAGAAACGUGUAAAACAUUGGAAGAUCCACAUUGUUUUUAUGAUCCAUGGGAGAAUUCAAUUGUGGACAAAUUUUUACACAUUAUUGCUCUAUUUUCUCUCAACUUUAAAUGUUUUACUGCAUUUAUAACAAGUGCUAAUGAAUUUGGAAACAAUGAUGAAAAUGAAAUUCCUUACAAUUUGACUGAAUUAAUGCAAUGUUCAAUCAAAUUUGAUUCUAUAUAUCAUUAUUUAGGACUUUUAUCAUUAAACACAAUUAUUUGGAAUCUAGACAUUUAUAUCUACUUGAUAGAAAAAUUAAAUUUUCAGAAUGAAUUAUUGAAUUUACAAAACUAUUGCUUAUUUGAUUUCCAAGCCGACGAGGAAGUAAGAGAAGAAUACAUAAUAGAUGAAUCUAGUUUACUCAGACAUAAAAUUUUAUCUAAUUCAUAUUAUAUCAAGCACAAAUAUCCUAACAAAGUAUCAUUAAAUGAAUAUGAAGAUACAAAUAAUACAUUUGAACCAGAAGAAUAUGAAUUGUUCUCAACAUUACCACCACCUAACAUUGCCACAGAAAUAGCACUUUUCUAUGAGAUAAAAUCUGAUUCUGAAUUAGAAGAUAUAUUAUGUGAAAAUAAGCCUGGAUUAUUAGAUACUAGCUGGAUACUACAAAUCAGGAAUGCAUAUAUAAAUUCUAGAACUUCAAUAAAAAAUACAGUUUUGAUUACUUUACUAGAUCAAAUGUGGCAAGCUAUUCCAACUGCAGAAUGGGCAGAUCACUUUGAAUGGCCAGAAAAUUUUGUGUACAAUGCAGACUUUUUCUUUUCAGAAGAAUUACAUGGAAUUGACUUGGUUUUGCAGUAUGCUGAGUUAAAUGGACUUCUUCAAGAUUCAAAGACAAAAAAAGAAACAUUUAAACAGUUCUUGCAAGCUUCAAGUAUAUUUAUAAAAUAUCAAAAGCCUAAUAAAUUCGAAGGUUUUGACUGGUUUUUAUCAACUGUGUUUUGUAUUUGUGAAGGAGAUAUGGACAAAUGCAUAAUAUUUAUUAAAAAAUUGAUUUGUUUUCCGUGUAUUUUGUUUAUAUGGCCUAUUUUGGGUAAAACUCUUGACAAAAGUAAUAAUGAAGAAUGCUCAACCCAAUUAAUAUUUGCACAAUACUUAGAAAGUAUAAUUCAGAGCGAAAUACCGAACGUAGCAUAUGCAUUAAAGAACACUUGUGGUAUUGAUUGGUGGAUGUUAUGUACAACAAUAUUGACUCAAAGUUUUUGGGGCAUAUUGUCAUGGCAAGAAAUAAAACAUUUUUUUGCUAUUUCUAUUCUAUAUUCACCUGAUUAUAUAAUAUAUUAUUGUGCAUCUUUAAUCUAUCACUGCAGAACAACGUUUAUACAAGAUAUUACAAAGGGAAAAAUGUGGCCAGAAUAUAUGGUACUACAUGACUAUCGCUGUCAUGAUUACAUCAUAUUCAUGGAUAAAUUAGCUAAGAGAUAUGGAAAUAAAAUAUUACCUAUAAUGACUGCAAGAAAAUUAUAUUCCAGUGAUGAAAACAAUACUGUAAAAUAAAUGACAUAAAC